AUGGGAAGCGAUACUGGCACCUCGCAGGUUUUAUUGUCGUUGGCAGACAAUAGACGGCAGUUUCCUCUCUUUUGGCCUUCACCUGGGCUUGUCGAUCGCAGUCGGAAGAAUACCAAGAUCAAUGGGGCAAAGCGCGAUGAAUGGGCUCCAUGUUGCCAAGCUUCUGACACGUUGCAGGGAUUGGCUGAUCGGACCUCACCUCGUCCUCGUCAAAGCAGCACCGAGCAGACACCAGACACUGUUCGAGCCAUUGUAAUCCACACGCUUCAGGCUCUAACCAUCAUCAUGGGACCUCCACGCUUCCGCGAGCCGGCCAAACACCCCAUCCACGUCCACCCGGUUCGCCCACUCUACCGCUUCGCGGCAACGGGCCUCGGCGCGUCCAUGUGGUUCUUUGUGCGUAUAUCCAAUCAGUAG